AUGCUGGCAGAGCCUGAGAAGGUCUCUGACAACAUUGCUCUAGCAGUCUCAUCCCCUGAGCAUUUUCUCUCCCUGAUCCCCUCAGGGAUUGGAAACCAUGCUUGGGACUCCCUUGAUGCCGCUCGGAUGGCUUUGAGACUCCAUGAAGGCCCCAACUCUCCCCACAACUCCCUUUAUAUCUCCAUCAAGCCCAACUCCAGCUCCAGCCAGUCUGUCAGCAGGCUGGGGAUCAAUGACCUGCAUGGGAGAACAAUACACCCUGACUAUACCAAUGUCGAGAUUGCCAUCUCUGCAGCCAGGGACCCUCAUCGACAUCUCCAUGUGGAGAGCAAGCCAGAAAUUGGGACCACCAGUGCAAGAGGAAGGAUUGCCCAGGACAGAAUUAUAUGGUGA